UCACCCAUCACAUUUUCUUUGAAAUCUUCACAACGGCCACCAUGAUGAUCGCUUCCACCUUUCCUCGUCGGCCACACCGCCGUCUUCAUUCCGAUCAGUCUCUUCUUCAGUGGCAUCUCUCCUCUGCCACUGAUGAGAAUCUUUCGUUUCCCGUAAGUCACCCCACAGCCAUCCCAAAACAUCAUCGUCGAGGGAUUUCCUUUGAUUCUCGUUCCCAAAGACAUUCAGUCGUGGCUUCUUCUAGCGCGGGGCGAGUGAGUGGAUAUUCAGGGUUAGAGUUUGCCUGUUCACAAUUUCCUGCUGCCAACACGCACAACAACAACGCGUCGACACUGUUUCCGUCCCCAACGCCAAUGGCAACCGGUAGCCUUACAGAUACUACUAGUAAUAUCAACAUGAGCAACACUCAUGAGGCAAUCAAUAGCAAUGCGAUGAGCAACAGCCACAUCCAUGGCGUCACCAGGAUCGAAUCUUGCAUGCUGCGCAAUCCGGCUCUACUGCCAAAUUUGGCAUACGCCGACGACACCAUCGCUAAAUGGAAGUCUCCGACCAAGAGCCAGAUGACGUGUUCUGAUGAUAGAGCCGCAACGGUCAAGUCCCGGCCUUUGAAUUUGGAAAAUUCGUCGAGGCGCAGCAGCGCGGCAUUUGCAGAACCAGCGCAACGUCACAACAUGAAGAACGACAUUGGUGGCAGCGGCAACAUCGGUGGCAACAACGACGAUACGACAAUGCUUGCCGGCACAACCAGUACCACUGUCCAACACCACUGCUGGCAAGCACCUGUAUCCGUGGCCAUGAGCAUGGCGACAGUUGCUACUCAACCGCAGCCAUCCUGCAAGGACACCCACAAUGCUACCCUCGGCACGACCAAUCCCAUGCAGUCGUUGCUGGAGACGGUAGUGCAUGCCGUCGAGAAUGUCCAGGAACAACGUCGAAGAGCAUCAUCGCGCAAACGAAUCUCACAAACGUUAUUGACUCUACGAGCGGCUGCCGAAGUGCAUUAUCAACAGCAGCAGCAAUCGUUGGACGAAGAUGAAGAGACACGAGAAGACUUUAAAUGUGGCAGCUUUGACGACGAGCAAGACCAAGAACAUCAACCGGAUCAUGACGACUUGGCUAGCUUGGGUUCUGCCUUGUUCUGUCCAUUGGAUCCCGGACUCCUCAAGCAUCAUCAUCAUCGUCAUUUGCAUCGACAAGAAGAAUUGUUGACCACAAAUUCAUCAUCCUCUGACAGCAAUGAUGUUGUGGUACAAGAACCGCAACCCCAGAUCCUGACGAGGCUUUCCUCGAGUCCUCUCCCCAUUAUUGAUACCAUGCCAAUGGACGUUGAGGAGGAAGAGAAGAAACAGGAUGAAGUAGUCCCCGUGCAAAUCCUACCGGAACUCGGUUGUUUGGCCACCAAUCCACGCCUGCUCAGUUACGCCAUGUUUCAACAGCUCGUGACGGACGGUGUCCCGGAAUGUCUACACAUGAAUGCAUGGGAACGAGUAUAUUCCAUUGGUCGCGAUGGAGAUUCCUUUCGAACCCUACUCGACAAGUGUGCUCCGUACCGACAAUCCAUUCUGGUCGUGCAAACCACGUCGGGAUAUCUAUUGGGAGGAUUCGUGUCGGAUGCUUGGCAAGAACAAGAUGGAUAUCAUCAACGACACUCCUAUUAUGGAAACGGUGUAUCCUUUCUCUUUGCAUCGCAUCCUGCUACCACUGGUGGUGUGACCAGCAACAACAAUAAUCAUGACGACAAUGAGGACAAGCCUCUGACCAUUUAUCCAUGGACCGGAUCCAACGACUUUUGUCAAAUAUGCGAUCGGGAAAAGAGUGUCAUUGCCAUGGGUGGUGCCGGGGCGUUUGGAUUUAUACUGGAAGAUGAUUUCUUUCGUGGAUCCACGGAUACGUGCGGGACAUUUGGUAAUCCACCACUGACGCUGGAUAAAGAUGGGAUCUUUACCGUGGCGGCCAUGGAAAUUUAUGGGUUGGUGCCUCUGUUUGCCAAUCCGUAUAAUCACAGCAGUCCUCGAUCGACCAUUCUCAGCGGCAUGACAAUGUAAUGUUGUAGAAUUGCACUGCACUGCAAAACCGACAACAACAAUUAGCAUUGCACGCAGCGUACUGACUGGUGACGCUGCUAUCUGCAUCAUUCACGCCUAGAUUCAUCAUUCGUGACCUAUCCCUUCGCUUUGGCAAGCUAGCGCGCAAACAGGAGCACGUUGGGCGGGGUUUUCAUGUUGCGUGGCUAUUAUCGCUAUCCACAUCUUCAUGAUCUCUUUAUUCUUGGCUAUACUCUGAUUCAUACAAGGGGGAGUGGUAUAUGAGAAGACGGCUACACCCCCGUAGACAUGUUUUUCAUACAGUCUAUAGACAUCCACCUUAUAAAGUUUAACAACACUUAUUAA